AUGCUGGCGACAACACUGGACGGUUGCGAUGUUCUGCUGGGACGGGAUUGGCUACAUCGAUUCAAUCCGACGAUCGACUGGACGACGGGAGCGAUCACGGUGCUGUGCAACAAGGGGCGCGUGACACUUGCGAAAUGGGCGGAGCCGGAGCCGAUGACAACACGUGUCAACGCAAUCACGCUGAAGCGGGCGAUAAAACGGGGAGCGCAAGGCUACGCCGUACAGCUGUACGAGGUGGUGGCGUCCGAGAAAAUCGCCGACAUUGACACGCUCUGCGCUGCUGUACCCGACGACGUGGCGAGCAUAAUUCGGAGGUAUCCCGAAAUUUUCGCGGAUGACCUACCUGACGGGCUGCCACCUCAGCGUCCGGAGGACCACAGGAUCGAGCUGGAGCCAGGCGCAAAACCAACUGUUCGGUCACAGUGGCGGCUCAGCCAACCGGAGCUCGACGAGUUGCGGAAACAGCUGGAUUAUCUGCUCUCGAAGGGUUUUAUCCGGCCGAGCACGUCACCUUACGCCGCCCCGAUACUGUUCACACCGAAGAAAGACGGAGGCCUGCGCAUGUGUAUCGACUAUCGAGCGCUGAAUCGGAUCACCAUCAAGUCGCGUUACCCGAUUCCGCGAGCGGACGACCUGCUGGAUCAGCUUCGCGGGGCUCGCUUCUUCUCGAAAAUCGAUUUGCGAGGUGGCUACCAUCAGAUUCGCGUGUUCGCCGACGAUUGCCCGAAGACUGCGUUUCGCACCCGCUACGGCUGUUACGAAUACACAGUGAUGCCGUUCGGUCUGACAAACGCGCCCUCGACGUUCCAGCUCACCAUGAAUGGGGUGUUUCGGGACAUGCUGGACAAAAAAGUGAUAGUUUACCUGGACGACAUCCUGGUGUACAGCAAGACUCGGGAGCAGCAUUUACAGGAUUUGGAGGAAGUGUUCCGGCGCUUGCAGCAGAACCGACUGAUAACUAAGGCUCUAAGUGCUUUUUCGGAGUGGAAAGCGCCCACGAACAUCACGGAGUUGCAGAGUUUCCUCGGUUUCGUCAACUACGUCCGCCGUUUUGUACCGAAUAUGGCGGGGGUGACCAGGCCGUUAACCGAUCUUCUGCAUAAGGGCGUGCAAUUUUUGUGGGGGGAGAGAGAGCAGCUGGCCUUCGAUGAGCUGAAGAAAAUUUUGAGUUCACCCCCGGUACUUCGCCUGGCAGAUCCAUCUCGACCGUUCGAAGUCGUGACGGACGCCAGCGAUUUCGCCGUCGGCGCUGUGCUACUACAGGACUUCGGCAACGGGCUGCAACCCAUCGCGUACGAGUCAAGGAAAAUGCAGCCGCCCGAGCGCAACUACCCUGUACACGACAAAGAAAUGCUCGCCAUCGUGCAUGCAUUUCGUACCUGGCGCUGUUACCUCACGGGAGCUGACGUCACCAUCCGAACCGACCACAAGUCAUUACAGUACAUGCGCAGCCAACCACAGCUCAACCCGCGACAAAUUCGGUGGCUCGACUACCUCGAGUCCAAUUUCAGCUACACCAUCACCUACAAGAAGGGCGCCAACAACAUCGCCGACGCCCUGACCUUCCCAUCGAUGCAGACCGCAGCAGUACUAAUCGCCCAUUCUAACCAACCCGCUAUUGGCAGGACUAUUCAAGCACGGCUACAAGACCGACAGGUUUUUCAGGACCAAUCAACAUCAACGAGUCACCACAGCACAUGGCAGCUAUUACCUAAAAGUCGGCAUUUCGGCGUCGACAAAACACUGAAGCUGCUGCAGCAGAAUUACUACUGGCCCGAAAUGGCGUCGGACGUGUAG